AUGGAAACGACAAUUACUUUACCGGCGGCUUGUGAUUUUCAUAUUCACACACGCCAAGGUGUCUUGAUGGAAAUGGUAGUUCCUAGAAUCGCUGAAGGUGGUGUCUCGUUAUGCUAUGUUAUGCAAGCACUUGAAUAUAAAGCUCAGCUUGAAAGACUUGCUCCAAAUGUCACUUUCCUUAUGAGUUUAUAUUUAUGUCCUGAAUUAACACCUGAAGAGAUAAGAAAGGCAAAAAAGCACGGAAUUGUUGAAUCAGGUAUCGAAUCUUAUGCUAUUUAUUAUCCGGUUUUUAAAGCAAUGGAAGAGGUUGGGUUGAUCCUGAAUCUUCAUGGUGAACUUCCGAGUGACGCUGACCAAGAAAAGUUUUUAGUGCAUUUAAAGCAAUUACAUAAUGACUUUCCAAAGUUAAAAAUAGUCCUGGAACAUGCUACUACAAAAGCGGCUGUUGAUACGGUAAAGAGUCUUGGAGAUACUAUUGGUUGUACUAUCACUAUACACCAUCUUCAAUUGAUUGUAGAUGAUUGGGCUGGUCAAUGUCAUAAUUUUUGUAAGCCAGUUGCUAAAUUUCCUCAUGAUCGUCAGGCCUUGCGUGAUGUUGUUCUUGAAGGACAUCCAAGAUUUUUCUUGGGUACUGAUUCGGCGCCACAUCCUGCUUAUCUCAAGGAAUGUGCACAUUCUUGUGCUGGUGUAUUUACAACACCUCUAGCUAUUCCAUAUCUUGCCACAAUAUUGGAUUCGUUCGGUGCAAUUAAUUGUUUAAGAAAAUUCGCAUGUGAAAAUGGCAAGAAAUUUUAUGGUGUUAGUGAAGAAGGAAAAUAUCGUGAAAUUACAUUAGUUAAGGAAACCUUACUAGUUCCUCAUUCAUACUCUUUCGAUGAAUCUGUUGAAGAAUGCAAGGAUACCUACAGUUCUGGUCCAACUCAUAUUUUUGAUUUAAUGCUUUGCGAUGUUGAUAUAUUAUCACUUAACACUAGAUUCAAGAUUAAUGACGAUAAUUCCUCGCCCAUUAAACAUGUAAAGAUUACAGCUAGAAAAUUACAAGGCACCGAAAGAUGGGAAACUAUUCUUCAUAAUUCUCAUAUAAGUAUUGGUUCUACCUGGUUAUCCAUUUUUGAUCCUUCUCAAACUAUCAGAAAUGUUUCGUUACAUGUUUUCUCUCCUUUUGACUUAAAACAUGAAACUACUUAUGUUUCUAAGGGUAGUUUAACAUUUAAGAUCAAUUUAGAACCAGAAUCAAUUAAGUGGUGGAAUAGUAAUAUUGAUGAUUAUUCAACAAUUGUUGUUAGUAACAUGAUUAGAGAAUUUGAUAAUUUUCAGAGUCUAAUUGUAAUGUCCCGUGUUGAAGAGGUUAUUGUAAAUGCUGGGGUGUUGUUAACAGCUAUUGAAGAAAAAUGGCAGGAUGAUGUUGUGUGCGUGGUAACUGAUCAGGAGGAUUAA